CCGUGUGUACCUUCGAGGGAGUCAGCCCUAGAACGUCGCAGUCAUGGUGCGGUGCGGUAGCGUGUGGUUCAGAAAGGUCCGUGACUGGUGCCUCUCAGCCUGAAGCUCGACAGAUUGGUGCCUGUAGCCCACCUUUGGUUCCCCUUUCCUCCCUCCCCUUUUUCUUUCUGGGGACCUUUUUCCUGCUUGUUCUACUGUAGUUUUCUCCUCUCAGUCCUUCGGAGUCAGACUUGGCUUUUGAGAAGUGAGAAGAAUAUAUCUACCUGGAACGGUUAGAACUGUUGUUUGGGGGCCCAGGUGUGGAGGUUCUUCAGGGGAAUUGUGUGCACGUGGAAUGGGGAGCUAAGGAAAUUAGGUUUUAGAUAUGCAAUAUAGUAUACGUACCGUGUAAGGUUGACUUUUUCUUUUGGCUCAAAUAGCGUGUCUUCUUUCUUUUAGGUAGUAAUAUACAUAGCCUUUUCUUAUAAAAGUUUUCCUCAAGUUCACGGUUUUUAAGAGCUUUCUAAAGACUUUUCAUCAGAAAACGAAAGUAAUGUAUUUGGCUUCCUUCUUGCAAGAAAUUUCUCUCACUUUGUAUGCAGUGCCUGUUGUAGAAUCAUUUCUGUAAAAAUUUAGUUGCUCCAAAUAAAAAAAAGUCUCUUUAAGAGCUUUACUAGUAAUGUUUUUUUGAAACUUAACCGGCAUUAUUAAACAACAAAGAGUCAGAUACUCCUAAGUUUGCUUUCUAAACUUCUGAGUCUGGUGAAUCUGGAGGAGUAAAAAAUGUGGCACCUGUUGAACGGAACUUUAAAAACAGAAACUUUCUUUUUAUUGGAGGUAGAGGUAUGAGUAAUAUCUCUGAAUUAUACUUUAUCCAACCCUCUAUUUUUCAAAAAAUAGGUAGUCAAAAGAAAAGAGACUUGUGAAAGGUAGUACUUGGGCAUGUGAGGUAACUAAUUCUUCAACUAAAAAGAAACUGCUACAUUUUUGGGGGGGUGGGUAAGUCACGAAGGGCAUGGUUGCCAUGAACAGUCAUCCUCUUCGUGUUGUUUGCAAGGGGAAUCUAUUCACUUAUAUGUGAUGCAUUUCUGGCAUAGCCUGGAAGAAUCAAAGCAUAAGUUCUUCACCCUCAGAGAAAAAUACUUUGUCUAUUCCUCAAGUUCUUCUUUUCCAUAUUCCUUCUACCUUGUUUCCUUACAACAUCCUAUUUCAUGACUAUAUUUGCAUACUCAAAGACUAAUAUAUGAAUCUUUGUUGUGUACCUAUCCACUGCAAUCUGAGAUCUAAACUGCAUCAGAAUCACCAAGGGAGUUUUUUCUAAAUAAUCCUGGUGAGACCUAUCCUCAUCCCCUCCUCCAGAGUAUAGCAGAAUGUAUGGAAACUUCAUUGAUAACCUAAGACUCUUCACCAGGGGAGGAAGUGGUGGAAUGGGUUACCCUCGUUUAGGUGGAGAAGGUGGAAAAGGUGGUGACGUCUGGGUUGUAGCCCAUAAGAAAAUGACUUUAAAACAACUUAAAGACAAAUAUCCUCAGAAACGGUUUGUGGCUGGAGAAGGAGCAAAUAGUCGUGUUAAUGCACUGAAAGGCUCCAGAGGAAAAGACUGUGAAAUUCCUGUACCUGUGGGUAUUUCAGUAACUGAUGAAAAUGGGAAAAUUAUAGGAGAACUCAAUAAAGAGAAGGACAGAAUUUUGGUAGCUGAAGGAGGUCUUGGUGGUAAAUUACUUACAAAUUUCUUACCACUGAAAGGCCAGAAACGAGUCAUUCACCUGGAUCUAAAACUUAUAGCUGAUAUAGGCCUAGUAGGAUUUCCAAAUGCAGGAAAAUCCUCUUUGCUAAGUCAGGUUUCUCAUGCAAAACCUGCAAUCGCAGAUUAUGCAUUUACAACAUUACAGCCUGAACUUGGAAAGAUUGUGUAUAAUGAUUUCAGACAGAUAUCAGUAGCUGAUCUUCCUGGUUUAAUAGAAGGAGCGCAUAUGAACAAAGGAAUGGGCCACAAAUUCCUCAAGCAUAUAGAAAGAAUUAGACAACUACUUUUUGUUGUCGAUAUUUCUGGAUUUCAGCUUUCUUCCCAAACUCAAUACAGAACUGCCUUUGAAACCAUAAUACUUCUUACAAAAGAGUUGGAGUUGUACAAAGAGGAACUUCAGACAAAACCUGCACUCCUGGCAGUUAAUAAAAUGGACUUGCCAGGUGCCCAAGAUAUGUUCCAUGUACUAAUGAAUCAACUCCAGAAUCCUAAAGAUUUUUUGCAUUUAUUUAAGAAAAACAUGAUUCCAGAGAGGACUGUGGAGUUCCAACACAUCAUCCCCAUCUCUGCAAUUACGGGAGAAGGAAUUGAAGAAUUAAAGAACUAUAUAAGAAAAUCUCUGGAUGAACAUGCCGACCAGGAAAAUGGUGCAUAUCAUAAGAAACAGUUGCUUAAUUUACAGAUUUCUAAUACAAUAUCUUAUAAUGAGCCACCACCAAAGAAUGGUGUUACUAGUCCCAGAUAGAUGUAAUUUAAAUCUAUUAAAAAUGAUAUCAAGGG